AUGCCCUCGAACUCCGUUUCAGACCUACAGUCGAGGCUGUUCAAACGCAUGAAAAUUGAAACCUCAGAGCGACCCCGAGCGCGAAAGGAAGUCAGCGGCGAUGGAAUAGCAGGAUCCCGAGUGCGCAGGCGCAUGGAUGACCGCAAAAUGCAGAGGGCACGAAAGAAGGCCCAAAAGUACUCGAAGCACCCAGUGCCAUCCUUGGGUGGGCAGCCGCGAAAUGAACCGGUCACACCUGUAGCCUCUCAGUUGAAGCCUGAAUUAUCCAAUCGAUACGUUGCCAGCGCACCAGGAGCUCGGUUAGGGAACGAUGACGAAUCAGACGCAGCCGAGGAAUCGUUACAAGAUGCCAUGGAUGACAGCGAUGCCCGAAGCGAUAGCAGUAACGACUUCGUCUUGGACAUGCCUACGACGGUGUCCCAAGAUGACAGGAUGUCCAGGAAAGUUCGGGAAGAUCUUGCCCAAUAUGAUGCUGAGAUCGACGAGUUUGAGAGAAAACUGGGCAUUAAAAAGGGUCGAAAAUCAUUGCCAAAGGCGUUCCGUGAGGACGGCUUGGAAGAUCUUCUCGAUGGAGUCAGCAAUGAAAGCCCAAAGACUGAAGACGAUGCAAAAAAACGAAAAAAUGUCUAUGACGAUUGGUUGUCGUCCAAGAGAAGAAAGGAACUACCAAAAGCUGACGAACGCAAGCAUAAAGCCUUGGGAAAUUUCGGCGAGGAGAUCAUUACCCACGCAGGAACAGGGGGCAGGAUGUCCGCACUGGAUCUUGGGAGAAUCAACUACCGUGGCGAUGAGGUUGACGACGAGGUUGAAUUCGACGAGAUUGAUGACGAAGACGAGACUGACGAUGACAUGGAGGUUAACGACGAUUCGUUUUCAGGUUUUGGUUCUGGGACGGAGGACGACGCGACUAUUUCUGCACAGCCAAAGAAAGAAAAUCCUUAUGUCGCGCCCCAGACGAAUAAUGUAGUCGCCAAAUACGUUCCCCCAUCACUUAGACGUUCAUCUGCAUCCGAGGACGAGACUAGAAGCCGGUUGCGCAAGCAAAUACAGGGUCAGAUCAAUCGGCUUACCGAUGCCAACAUCCUGUCGAUUGUCCAGGCCAUCGAAGCCAUAUAUCGGAAUAAUGCCCGUGGAGAUGUCACGGAGAUAUUGACCGAUGCCAUCCUGGCACAGAUAUGCAAGCCCGAGAGUCUGCCGGAUCAGUUCUUCGUCCUCACUGGAGGUUUUGCGGCCGCCAUCUACAGGAUCAUGGGCUCCAGCUUUGGCUCUCACAUUGUUCGCCGCAUCGUCGAGACAUUUGCCGAUGGCUACAAGCAUGCCAGCGGAGAGAUGAGCGAAGAGUCAAGCAUACGAAAAGAGGCAUCCAAUGCCAUCGCUCUUCUCACCGAGCUCUACGUUUUCGAGGUCGUUAGCUGCCAAAUCAUCUUCAACUACCUCGAGAGACUGCUCGACGAUUUGUCCGAGCUCAACGUGGAGCUUCUUCUGCGCAUCUGUCGUAUGGCAGGCAGGCUGCUGCGGAAGGAUGACCCGCAGGCACUGAAGCAUGUCUCGGCUGUGUUGGGAAAGGCUGUGUCGAAAGUCGGCUUUGCCAAUGUAUCAGCGCGAACCAAGUUCAUGGUUGAGACAAUCGACGACCUGAGAAACAGCAAACCCAAGGCCAAGGGUAUGGAUUCGGCCAUUGUGUCGGAGCACGUGCUCCGGAUGAAGAAGCGACUCGGCGAGCUCCGGUGGCAGUCCCGAAGGCUUGACGGGCUCGCUCCGAUGGGCAUGAGCUUGGACGACGUCGAAUCCUCCGAUUCUCGCGGCAAGUGGUGGCUUGUGGGAGCGAGCGUGCCGGUCGUCAGUCGCGACGAAGCAGCGGGGACUAAAGGACGUGCACCUGCAACGACUAGGCGAGCCGGCGGCAACAAUAAUUCGACGGAUGAGGAGGACAUGGAUAUUGUUCUCCCCGACUACUCGAAAAAGGCUCGCGCACAGGGUCUCAACAACACGGCACAGAUAGCCAUCUUCACGGCCAUCAUGUCGGCAACCGAUCAUGAGCAUGGGUACCGCCAAUACAUGGAGCUGAGGCUGAAGAAGGACGAUCAGGUCGAAAUCGCCCGCGUGCUUGUGCAGUGCGUUGGUAGCGAGCUGCAGUACAACAACUACUAUGCACUGGUGGCUGGCCACGCUUGUGCCAACGGAAGAGUGAAGUUUGCCCUCCAAGACCAGCUAUGGAGGAUAUUUCGGGGACUCGGAGAGUCGCUGUUUGGAGAGGAAGCCGACGAGGAGGAGACGGCAGACACAGAACGCAUGAGAGACGCCAGACGAUUGAAGAACGUCGCCCGAUUCUACGCCUCUCUGGUGACUGACGGAGCGCUGGGCAUCGGCAUCCUGAAGCCUCUAUCACUCCCCAAGUUGAACCUACGUGCGCGCUGCUUUGUCGAGCGCUUCAUGAUUCGUUUGCUGCUGGGGUGCAAGGCGACGGGGUUAAAGGAGGACGCCCUUGUGCAGCGAAUUUUCGGCGCAGUGCGAGAGUUUCCAUCCCUCGCAGCGGACACACGUUGGUUUCUCGAGAAGAGGGUGCGCAGAUCGAAAUGGAUCAAGGCGAAGGACGCCAAGAGGCUGGAUCGAUUAAGGGAAAAGGCCCAGUCGGUCGUCGAGGCCGCCGCAGUUGGUGACGGCGAAUAA